AUGGACGAGUCAGUCGGCGACCACUCCAUCCAGAUCGCCAUCGACCGCGGAGGCACCUUCACCGAUGUCCACGCCUCAUGGCCAGCAACCACCACCACCACCAGACACGAAUGGGUCACCAAGCUGCUCUCCCAGGACGCUGGAUACGAGGAUGCCCCGCGCGAAGGGAUACGCAGAGUGCUCGAGCAUGUCCUGAAACAGCCCAUCCCACGGAACCAGCCCCUCAACACCGACAAGAUCGACUGCAUCCGGCUGUCGACGACGGUGGGGACCAAUGCGCUUCUGGAGCGCAGCGGCGCAAAGCACGCCCUGCUGAUCACCAAGGGCUUCCGGGACCUGCUCGAGAUCGGCAACCAGUCGCGCCCCCGGAUCUUCGACCUGGCCAUCCAGAAGCCCAGCACGCUCUAUGCGGCCGUCGUCGAGGUCGACGAGCGGGUGACCCUGCUCGGCUUCACCAGCGACCCCAGACAGCCCGCCCGCCAGACGCUCUUCGCCCCCGACGGCUCGGUCGCCCGCCCCUACGAUGGCCGGCCCCACCCCGCCCAUGUCGUCCGCGGGAACAGCGGAGAGGCCGUCCAGAUCAUCAGGCCCCUCGGUAUGUCCCCGCCCCUCUGUGACGGACAUCCUUCUCCUGACCUCUGCCCACGCCUCUCGCCAGAUGAGGAGCUCGUCCGCCGCCAGCUCGGAGGCGAUUCCCCUCCCAUCUGCACCACCCAGCCAAACCUGACAGAACUCUGCCCAGAGCACGAGCAGCGCAUCGGCAGGCUCGCCCAGGAGCUGGGCUUUGCCCACAUCUCGCUCUCCUCGACCUUGAUGCCGAUGAUCAAGCUGGUGACGCGCGGGACGUCGACGACGGCGGACGCGUAUCUGACGCCGGUGCUGGGGCGCUACAUCGACGGCUUCUUUGGCGGGUUCGACGGGAGUCUGCAGCGCGAGCCUGGCGGGCCCCUCGCCGUCACGGACGCCAAUCUGCUCCUCGGACGCCUCGUCCCGGGCCAGUUCCCGAAGAUCUUCGGGCCCAACGAGGACCAGGAACUGGACGUCGAGGCCUCCCGGACCCUCUUCGAGGAGCUCCGGGCGACGAUCAACCACGAUCUGCAGCAGGACCUCAGCGUCGACGAGCCAUCGGGACCCGCGAGACGCGCGCUCGAGGACCAGCUCGCGCGGCUGCAGGCCCAGGUCGUCGACAGCUUGCACAAACAGGGCUUCGAGGACCGCCGGAUCGUCGUCGAACGCUUCCUGAACAUGCGGUACGACGGCACGGACACCGCCCUCAUGGUCCUCGACCCCUCCUCCGCUCGCCCGCCCAACUCCGGACAGGGCGAGCCCGACUAUUUCGACUAUUUGGCCGCGUUCAAGGCCGCCUAUCGCCAGCAAUUCGGCUUCAUUCUGGCGCCGUCUGUUGCGGUCGUAUGCGACGAUGUGCGGGUGCGGGGGAGCGGCAAGUCCAGCGAGGCGGAGGGCGAGUCGGUGGCGGCGCAGCUCGCGCGCAUCCGGUUCGCGCCCUUCGCGCUCCCGCCGGCCGACGAGGGCGGCUUCGCGAUGGUGUUUUUCGAGCAGACGAUGGGCAGGGUGCGGACGCCGGUGCUGGCGCUCGAGAAGUUCCGGCCGGGCGACAUCCUGGACGGCCCCGCCGUCCUCCUCGACCAGACUCAGACUGUCGUCGUCGAUCCCGACGCCAGCGUCCGGUUCUUGGACGCCCAUGUCGUCAUCGACUUGCACUAG